AUGAUUAUUCCAAUUCGGUGUUUCUCCUGUGGCAAGGUCGUUGGUGAUCUUUGGGAGCGUUAUCUCCAGCUGUUGGACGAUGGCGUACCGGAUGGUGACGCUAUGGACCAGCUUGGCUGCAGGCGGUACUGUUGUCGGCGAAUGAUCAUGACCCACGUUGAUCUGAUCGAGAAACUUCUUCGUUACAAUUCCGCCGAGAAAGACCGUUCGAAGGCACAAGCAUAA